GACGUUACAGCGCUGCUGCAUCGUCGUUUCGAACAUGGCCGCGGCAGAAUGCGAAACGAAGGAGAGCAACUCUCUUUCGGUGGACCUGUUGAAGACACCGGUCUUGUCCGAUGAGACCGUCAGCGCGAUCGAAAAACAGGAAGGCUCCGGCAUUCCGUUGCAGACUUCGUGGACUUUCUGGCUCGAUAAAGCUAUCCCUGGAACAACCGCUGAAGAAUACAAAGCCAACUUGCAGAAAAUCUAUACUGUAAAUACUGUGCAAAAUUUCUGGGCAGUCUUCAAUAAUAUACCAAAUGCUGGAGAUAUGCAGGUUAGAUACAGUUACCACUUAAUGAGAGAUGAGAGAUAUCCUUUAUGGGAAGAUAAACUGAAUCAAAAGGGUGGGACCUGGAGAUUAAAGUGCCAUAAAUGCGAUACUGAACGUGUGUGGAAAGAAGUGGUGCUUGCAGCUAUUGGAGAACAGUUUACUACACAUGUAGCACAAGAUGAUGAAGUCUGCGGAGUGACUGUAUCUAUACGUGAUAGGGAAGAUCUUAUUCAAAUUUGGAACAUUAAUGCUGCCUUGCAAUCAAAAGCUACGGUCCUAAAGAAAGUUCACUUCCUAUUGCCUGAGGUUAAUUUCCUGGGAGAAUUUUAUAAAGAACAUCAAUCUAAUCAUGCUUAUGGGAGACGUUAAAUAUACAGUGAUAUUAUGGUGAAA